AUGAAAAUUAAAUUAGUUGUUGGAAGAUUCACCCUGAACAUUAUUAGAGCUUACGCGCCACAAGUAGAUUUGGACGAGGAGGUAAAAAGGCACUUUUGGGAGAACUUGGACGAAGUGGUGGUAAGUAUACCGUCUAUCGAGAAACUUUUCAUAGUUGGAGAUUUCAAUGGGCACAUUGGGUCUGUCUCGAAGGGCUAUGAUGAGGUGCAUGGAGGAUUUGGCUUCGGGGAUAGAAAUGGUGAAGGAAUCUCACUCCUAGAUUUCGCAAAAGCUUUUGGAUUGGUAAUAGCCAACUCGAGUUUUUCGAAGAAAGAGGAGCACUUGGUAACCUUUCGUAGAUCGAUGGCUGCGACGCAAAUAGACUAUUUACUUCUUAGAAAAUAUGAUAAAGGCCUCUGUAAGGACUGCAAGGUCAUUCCGAGUGAGAAUCUUAUGACCCAACAUAAGCUAUUAGUGAUGAAUUUGGAGAUAAGAAGGAAAAAGAAGCAGAUGGGUAUAGACGAUUGA